UUUAAUUGGCCCCAGCUGUAGUGAUGUAAAGUUUCGAUACUUUUAAAUACCUGUACCGAUUCGAUACUUUUAUUGGAUAUUUGGGUACUUUCAGUCUUCAAAAUAUGGAUGAAAUACCAAGUUUAUUGAAACAAUACGAAGAUUCUGAGCAACAACUAGCCCAAGCUCGCUCUAUAUAUGAAAAAUUUGAAGAAACAAUACUUCAAGACAGAAUGCAAGAUGUAGCUCCUAAAUCCUCAGAGCCAGUAUCAUCAAAUAAAACAGGCAGCUUGAGAGGCAAAAAUUUAACAAAGAGAAGAUCUGGUGGUUCUCUCAAUAGCAAUGGAAGUUUCAGUAAUAAUACAAGUAGUAGUAGCAAUGAUUGUAGCAGUAAUGUUUUCAAAAGUGUAGAAAAAAGAAUACAUCAAAUUGAAAACUAUAGGAAUUUGUUAAACCAAAAGACAGAUUUGAAUGAGAAGGCCUUGUUUUUGAAGGCUUUAAAUACAUAGAAUAUAGAAUGGAAACCUCUAUGGACUAUGUACGGACCUAUAGUUCUCCCGCUCAUUUUGAUUGAUAACUAUUUUUUUUAUAGUGAAUUUGAAAUGAAAUACAAACAAUAAUUAAUAAAGAGAAAUUGAGUAAAUAAAAUUUGUGAAAUUGUAUUUUUUGUGUAUUUCUUCUUGAACAUCUGAACCUAAUCCCCAAGGCAAACUUUCCCAAAUUGAAUUCUUGCAAGUCAAGCACAAAAUCAAAUUUGGUAGAGGUAGGUACUUUAUUA